AUGAGAGAAUAUAAAUUGGUUGUCCUUGGCAGUGGUGGUGUAGGAAAAUCUGCCCUAACCGUUCAGUUUGUACAAGGAAUAUUUGUUGGAAAAUAUGAUCCGACGAUCGAAGAUUGCUAUAGAAAACAAGUUGAAAUUGAUGGACAACAAUGUGUUCUAGAGAUUCUUGAUACAGCAGGGACAGAACAAUUUACGGCAAUGAGAGAUCUUUACAUGAAAAAUGGACAAGGUUUUAUUUUGGUGUACUCCAUAACAUCUCAAGCAACAUACAAUGACCUCAUGGAUUUAAAAGAUCAAAUUAUUCGAGUAAAAGACACAGGAACUGAUGUUCCGAUGGUUCUUGUAGGCAACAAAAAUGAUUUAGAAGACGAACGUGUGGUAGGAAAACAGAACGGAGAGGCAUUGGCUCGAAGUUGGGGAUGUACAUUUUUAGAAGCAUCAGCAAAAUUACAAGUAAAUGUUAAUGAGGAGAUUGAAAUAGAUGGAGAACGAACCAUACUUGAAAUUCUUGAUACUGCAGGAACAGAACAUGCUUCAUGUAUGCGAGAUUUAUACAUGAAAAAUGGUCACGGUUUUAUCAUGGUUUAUUCCAUUGCAUCCAGUUCAACAUUCAACGAUUUAAUUGAACUAAAAGAUAACAUAACCAGUAUAAAAGGCACAACACAUGUACCAAUGGUGUUAGUAGGCAACAAAAUUGAUCUUGAAGAAGACAGAGUCGUUGGUCAAGAAAAUGGAAAGACACUUGCUCGAAGUUGGAAUUGUACAUUUUUAGAAGCGUCGGCAAAAUCUCGAGUAAACAUUAAGGAAAUGUUUUUUGAUCUUAUAUAUCAAAUAACUCGUAAUAACGAAGAAGACAAUGCUAUAAGAACAUCCAAAAACAAACGACCAACACAGCUUCGAUCAAAAGCCCCUAAUUCUGAACCACGUCUCUGUUGCGUUUUAUUGUAA